AUGGAUUUGGACACGCAGCGCAAGGAGGAGUGGUGCAUCUCACUUCAGUUCUUCCUUGCCAGCCGGUUACGGACUCCAUCUUAUGCAGUGGCCUCACGGCAGCAUCCCUUCAUUCGGGUGCCACUAAUGAUCCCUCGCACACAAUUUCUGCUGGAUGGCAUCGUUUGGGCUGUGAAUGAUCAUCCUGACUGGGUGGAGAGCGCGUGGCUCACGAUUCAGAACCACAUCAAAGACACAGCGACCCGCUUCACCGAACUCAGUGACGAGCUCGCACGUGCAACAGCCGCAGCGGCGUCAGCCGCCUCAAGCAGCAGCACCGCCACCAAUGCUAUCUCCUCCAUGAUUGCGCCGCGUGGGUCGGCACUAGACCGCGGGCGCACCUACCAGGCUCAUGCGGCCGUGCAGGAUGUGUACCUCGCAUUUUGCGCGAUGGAUGCCCUUGUAAAGGGCAUCUGCGCUGACGCAGCCGGGAAGCUGCACGACGCCGUUGGAAAAGAGCUGCCGCAGCUUGUUGCCUACUAUGUCCCCGUGUUUGCCCCUGCCACGUCCUACUGGAUGGCAAACGCUGUUGAUGAGUACCGCUAUCUCUUCCACGCCCUGCUGGACUCGUGGGUUGUACACAGCACAUUCAACAGCGACGUGCACCGCCGCCUUCAAGAGUACUUGCACCACCGUCUUCAACGCGUGCGCGAGGCGGAGGCGGAGGAACAGCAGCUACUGCUGCAACGGGACGUCGCUGGUAGCUCCUCGGAGAAGACAAAUGGGAGCAGCAGCGGCGCGAACGGCGCCGAUGCGUGGGGGGCGAGUGUACAGCACAUCAUCGACAGCACCGCACGUGUCAGCGCGGCAGUUAUGGCAACCGCUCCAUUGACGAAUUUGACAGAAUCAGGGGUAAGAGGAAAUGGUGGGCAGCCGGGAGCGGCAGCGAGCGCGAAGAACGCCGCGCUGCGCUCCUUUGAGCGUGGUGUGCGCACCCCAGACACUGUGGAGCGGACGCUGCGAAGCUUCUUGAACUCCAUCUUUCCAUCUCGCAACACGCCGGCCGCGCGGCACCGGUGUCCGCACUGCGGUGCCCCUUUCCGCGAUGACAAGAGCAAAAGCGCUCAUUACCGCUGCCACUUCUACGCUCGCAACUUCUUGAAACCGGAGGAAAAAUUGGUGCGGCUUAUGUACCCGUCUGCCGCCGACUUUGCGGAACACACGGGAGACCUGAAGCGCGAGGGUUACUUUACGCGGACUGUCGAGGUGCUGGAGGAAGCGUACAAGGGUGGCGGGCGGGGCACGGUCAAGGUCCGCCGGCUGGAGGCUCCCCCAGCCGAAUCAAAUGACCCGUCCUCUCUCACGUAG